UCAAGAGCCGCCGGAACCGGUGGGUCCUUUUACUCUACUUGCUGUGCCAUCUUCAGCUGGCGGCUGCGGAGCGAAGAAACGGAGAAGAGAAAAUGGCGAGAAGAGAAACGGUGAAGAAGGCGGAGGAGCUGGUGGAGAUGGCGAUGGGCGGUAACGACGCGUCGCACGAUCCUUCUCACGUCUGGAGAGUUCGAGACCUUGCUCUCUCACUAGCCGAAGAAGAAGGCCUCUCUUCCAAGACUGACUCCAUGGAAAUCGUGGAACUUGCUGCGCUCCUCCACGAUAUAGGUGAUUACAAGUACUUGAGAGACCCAAGUGAGGAAAAAGUUGUGGAGAAUUUUCUUGAGGAAGAGGGAAUUGAGGAAAACAAGAAACAAAAGAUAUUAGCGAUCAUAAAGGGCAUGGGCUUCAAGGAAGAGAUUGCUGGCCUUUCAAAAGUUGACUAUUCUCCAGAGUUUGGGGUGGUUCAAGAUGCUGAUCGUUUAGAUGCAAUUGGUGCUAUUGGGAUUGCUCGAUGCUUCACUUUUGGUGGAAGCAAGAAGAGAGCGCUUCACGAUCCUGCAAUUCGUCCUCGAACAAGUUUAUCCAAAGAAGCAUACAUGAACAAAGAAGAGCAGACUACUGUGAAUCACUUUCACGAGAAGCUACUGAAAAUAAAGGAUAUGAUGAAAACAAAGGCUGGACAGAGGAGGGCAGAGAAAAGGCACAAGUUCAUGGAGGAAUUCCUGAAGGAGUUUUAUGAUGAAUGGGACCAAAAGGCUUAAUUCUUUAUCGAAGAUAUCAUCCAUUCUUCUCUGAAUCUCAAGCUGGAAAUGCAGAGAAAGAUUACUUGUAAGAAAACUACCAACCUUACCCUAUUUCUAAAAAUGCAGUGUCAACUCAAUUCCACUAUAUAUGUUGUGAUACAAUAGGAAGAAUCGAACUUUUGUUCCAAAACAUGGAGUGUUCCCUUUUGGUUAGAUGCUGCAGAAGUAGUUAUCAAUUUGACUUGCUAAGCGACUUAGAAACCAAA